AUGUCUGUCCCAUCACCACCACCAUCCCCCGCCUCAGGCCUCAACGUCAUCGCCUUGGUCUCAGGCGGGAAGGACUCGCUCUACUCCAUCCUCCACUGCCUCAAAAACGGCCACCGUGUCGUCGCACUGGCGAAUCUACACCCGGCCAACGCCCGCGGAGCCAACGCCCGCGGAGCCAACAGACGCACUACUCAACCCGGCAACGGCCAUCAACAAGACGAUGACGACGACGGCAACGGCAACGACAAUGAAGAAGAGGGAGAAGAAGAAGAAGAAGAAGAGGAUCUCGACAGCUUCAUGUACCAAACCAUCGGCCACAGCGUAAUCCCGCUCUACGAAGCCGCCCUCGGCAUCCCGCUCUACCGCGCCCCCAUCACAGGCGCCGCGGUUGAUACCGCCCGCAUCUACCGCCACGACGCAGACGACCAGAUGGCCGAAGCCGAAGCCGAGGUCGAGCCACCCAGCGCCUCUGGCCCUGAGUUUGAAGGGAAGGGCGCGGAUAGCGGCUCCUCCGCCGCCGACGAAACCGAGUCCCUGAUCCCGCUGCUCCGCCGCAUCCAGGCCGCGCACCCACACGCCAAUGCUGUCUCCGCGGGCGCCAUCCUGUCCACGUACCAGCGCACGCGCAUCGAGAACGUCGCGGCCCGGCUGGGGCUUACCCCGCUUGCGUGGCUGUGGAUGUAUCCCGAGCUGCCGCCGCCGGUGGAGCGGAUGGGUGUGUCUGCGGCGGUGGCGGAGGCGGGCUUGCUGGAGGAUAUGGCGGCGUGUGGGUGUGAGGCGCGGAUCAUCAAGGUUGCGUCUGGGGGCUUGGAUUGGGGGUUUCUGUGGGGGGAUUUGGCUGGGUUGGAUGGUGGGGUCCGGCGGCGGGUUGUGAAGGGGAUGAGGCGGUUUGCGGCGCCGGGGGAUCUGCGGGGCGCGGUGCUGGGGGAGGGCGGCGAGUACGAGAGUUUGGCGCUGGAUGGGCCGGGUUGGUUGUGGAAGCGGAGGAUUGAGGUUGAGGGGUGGGAGGAGAGGGUUGGGGAGGGAGGGGUUGGAUAUGUGCGGUUGAAGGGGGUGAGGUGUGUGGAUAAGCUCGCGGGUGAGGGAGGAGUGGGUGGGCCGGAGGAGGUGAGGAGGCCGAUGUUGCUCGAUGAGAGGUUUGCUGGUGCGCUGGAGGAGAUCUUGUCUGAGUCUGGGUCUGGAAGCUGCGAAGUGGAAGAGAUGACUGCGACGGCGACGGGACAGGCGCGGUCCAUGAGCCCUGAGGGGACCAGAUGCGAGCCCUACCAGGCAAGAGACGGCGGACUAUGGCACGUCUCCAACAUUACAGCGCCCGAGGCUGGUCCUGGGGCCGCCGAGCAGAUGGGGGGGAUUGUUCGGAAGAUCGAGACGAUUCUGCGUUCUUGCGUUGAGGGCCCUCGCUCCACAGAGGAUAUUGUCUUUACGACAGUGCUGCUUCGCUCCAUGGCUGAUUUCGCAUCAAUGAACACCACCUACGUAUCGCUCUUCAAGAAGCCCAACCCCCCUGCCAGGGCCACAGUGGCUUGCGGCGAUAAAAUCCCCGAGGGCGUGCACGUCAUGGUCUCACUUACGGUUGACCUGGGACCCCGAGAGUCGCGGCAAGGUCUACACGUCCAGUCUCGGUCGUACUGGGCGCCAGCCAAUAUCGGGCCGUAUUCGCAGGCCAUGUCGGUGCCCAUGCGGGGAGCGGAGCGGGUGGUAUACAUUGCAGGACAGAUCCCUUUGGACCCGGCUUCUAUGGAAAUCGUCCGUGAUCAAACAACCCCGGAGAGGCAAAUGUGGCCCUCGGACUACUCGUUACGGGCUGUGUUGUCUCUACAGCAUUUAUGGAGGAUUGGCGCCGCUUUGCAAGUUGACUGGUGGCUUGGAGCAGUGGCAUUCUUGACAGGGACAGGGAACAUGGAUGCUAAAGCCCGAGUGGCCUGGCGUCUCUGGGAAACAAUUCACAAACAAAAAGACAGCGAAGACGAAGAAGAGGAGUCUGCGCUGGAUGCGUGGGAUAUCAAGUACGGACGCAUGGCACAUGAGCAGACCACCAGCGAGACAGCUGCACCCCUGCCCAAUUUCAACGUACUGCAAUCAGAUGCAGCGAUUCCUCCCUUUCUGGCUGUCAAAGUCAAAGAAUUACCUCGAGGCAGUGAUAUUGAGUGGCAAGGCUUGGGCUACUGUUGCACCGGCCUGACCAUAUCUGUUGAAGACACGGACUACGGGCGCAGGAUCGAUACAGUCACAGAUGAGAAGCUGCGCUACACGUGCGUCGAGAUCGAGAAAGCGAUAGACCCAAAGAUCGACCUGCAGUUUACUUUGCGACAAAUCCUCGCUGCGCAGAUGGAAAAUCCAGGCUCUGCUCAUGCGAUUAUCUAUGCCACCACCGCAUUACCUGUAGAUUCUUGGCCGGGGCAGAUCGUCCCCUGCGAGUCCGUAUGGGGCCAGAAGGGACGGAGGCUUGCAGCUGGUAUCAUUUUCCAGAACUCUUCGGUAUAG